AAUUCCGGUUCAUUGACAACAUGUAAACAAAUUGACCUGCUUACCUAUUAAUAUUAUGAAGUUAUAAUUAGUUUUGACAAGUUAUGUGAUGGCAUGAGAAGAAGUUGUUAUCAAUGGAUGUGAAGGCAAUUGACAGAUAGAAAGCAAAUCUAUACCCUCAAGAUGACCACAAGAAAAGAGUUUGAACUGCGUAAAGCUGUGUCUCCAUAUGUUUGCUCUUCACCACAAGAUUUUGAGGCAGAGAGACAAUUUCUUUCACAAGUUAUUUUCCCAAAAGUAAAUAACUUCUGCUCACAACGGGGAGCACACUUUUCACCUUUUGACAUAUUGUGGUCAGAAAAGGAUAAUUAUUUCAAAAAUGGCCAGUUGCUGCAUUUUUUGUUGGAUUUUGCCAGGAAAUGUUCUCCAUAUCUGAUUUGUUUGUUGGGAGACAGAUAUGGACCUUACAGACCAGAGAAUGCCGCUCCUCUUCCCAGGAACAUUACAUCAAUUCCAAAUGAACCUUUAAUUGACCCGUUAGAUGAAAACUUUCGAGUGGCGGCCAUGACAGGUCAUUCUUGGAUUCUGGAACCAUCACACCAGAUGGCAAGUAUUUUGGAGUUAGAAAUUAUACAAGCAGCAUUCUUGGGAGAGACAGAACACUGUACUUUCUAUUUCCGACAGAGUGAACACCUUAAAGAAAAAUUAAAUGUUGUUGAGUCGAGUGAACAUGAAAGGUGUAAAUGUGAUUAUUUACCAGAAAAUGAACAUGCAGAGUUAAAAGUUAAAGACUUGAAACAAAGGAUAAUAAAUAAAGGAUUACCAGUGAAAUAUUUUAAAACUAUAAAUGAACUGGGUGAUCUAGUAUUAAAAGACUGGAUGACUAUUAUUGAUAUGAUUUAUCCCCCACUAUACAAUGAUGGUGAUUUUCUAGAAACGGAAGAAUACCGAGAAUGGGUGUGUCAACAGUGCUAUGGUUUGACUCGUCUAGAAAACUAUGUUGGUUCCGACAUGGCAGAAGAUAUCACGAAUCAAUUGACUGAUUUUGCAUUAACCACAGAAAUAGUACCCUCAGCAGAUGUGGAUUCUAAUAAAUUGUCCAGAUUCCAAUUGUCUGCAUUAAGUAACUACCUGUUGAAAAGAAACCAAACUGUUGCCCAGUAUGAUUCGCUAUUAGUAAUAUCAGGUGAUAAAGGCAUUGGGAAAUCAUCUCUUAUAGCAAAAUGGCUGCAAGAGUUUCGUCCGACCCAUCCAGAAAUGAUGAUAAUCAGUCAUUUUAUUGGAUGUAGUCAGAAUAGUACAGAUAUAGCUGUUAUUUUACGGAGAUGUGUUGCUGACAUCAAAAAAACAUUAAAAGAAAAAUCCAAGCAUGAAUCAUUUGCAGAAUUAGAUCAAACAAAGACAUUUCAGGAACUAUCAGAAGCAUUUCUAGCAGCUGUUUCUUCUCUACCUUGUCUCUUGGUGAUAGAUGGGUUGGAUGAACUCUCAGGUUCUUUAGGACAAACACCACAAGAGGUGAAGGAUUUUAAUUGGCUGCCUUUUCCAUUGCCACCACAGUGUAAAUUAAUAGUGACUACAUCACGAUCAGAUCUGACUUGUCAUUCAUUGUCCAAAAGAGCAGAUGUGAAGAUUGUGCACGUCAAAAAGCUUUUUGAAUCACAGCAGAAACAACUGAUCUUAAUGGAAAAUAUGAAACAUAAUUACGAGAAAUUGAGCAAACAUAACUUAAAGCAAGUUUUAGACAUUAAAUUAACGGACAAACCAUUAUUUCUCCGACUUUUGGCAUCUGAGAUGUCGUGCUUCAAUGUCUUUACCAGCCUGAAUGAAUAUCUGGAUGAUCAUUAUGAACUAUGUAGUGUUCGUGAAUUCUGGAUUAAGAGUUAUAAACGCUGGGUAGAUGUAUAUAACUGGAGAUUAGACUCACCAUUUGAUGGAGAUAGUUGUACAGACGAAGAACGAGAAACAAUGGGUUGGGUUCCAGAUGUUUUACGACUUAUUGUACUGUCUAGGAAUGGUUUAACACAACGUGAAAUUCUGUCGUUAUUAUAUCAGUUAGGAUAUAAAGGAAGAAGAACAGUGUCUAUGUUAGAUUGGUUAGCUGUACGAGAAUGUUUAGGAUCAAGUUUAUGUGAAAUAAAUGGUUUACUCAAGUUUUCUCAUCAACACCUCAUAGAAGUAGCAGAAUAUAAACUUUUCAAAAGUGUAAAACAAGCUGCUGGUGAAAUACGACCAACAGAAGAUACAAAUCAAAAGAGAAUACUUCAUCAACAUUUAGCCAUGUAUUUUAUUGAACAACCAUUUUCUCACAGACAAUUAGAGGAGUUGCCAUGGCAACUAAUGAUGGCUGGCAACUUUGACAGUUUAAUUCAAAUUUUAACACAUGACAGAUAUUUACUCAGUCUGUUAGAUGAAUAUAUGAAAAAUCCGUCUGAUCGGUUAAAUUUGAUGUAUUAUUGGAAGGUUUUGGUUAAAAGUGGCUACAGUCCUGUUUAUAUUUAUACACAAUAUCUAGCAUCUCUAGGAUUAACGACACUAGAUAUUGAUCAUCAGUCAAAUACUAAUAUCUCCUUUGAUGAAGACAAUGCUGACAUCAAAGAAAUAAAUGCUUAUAUCAGUAAUAAAAUAAAGACAUCACUGGGGGACCGGGAACUGUCAGUUAUUGAAGAAAAUGAAAAUGAAGAAGUUAAAAGUCAAACAGACAAGACAUUGUCAAGUUGUAGUGGAAGAAUAACAAAUGACUCUUGUGUUGCUGAUGAUGAAGAAGAGGAUGAUGAUGAUGAUGAAAAUAAAGUUUCAAGAACACAAACAAAGCUAACAUUAUGUCAGUUAGUUUCAUUAAGCUGGCAUGUAUCACAGUUAUUAUUAGAACUAGGUUAUCAAAAUACUACUUUAAAAAUAUUAGUUGCUCUUGCUGAUUAUCUCCAUAAGAAUUAUCCGUUUGGAUUAUUUGAACAAUUAAUCUAUACCCGUAGUUUGGAAUGUGUGGGUAAUUUGUAUCUGGUUAACGGUGAUAAUACAGAAAGUUAUAUAUAUUAUAAAAAAGCUUUAAGAGCUGUGUUAGAAUUAAGUGAUGGUGAUGAUGAAAGAUUAUAUGAAAGCGAGAUACAAAUGCUCAAAGGUAAUAUGUUAAAUCAACUAGGUAAAAUAUAUGUUAUUAUGUUAUAUUAUAGGUAA